AUCUGAAAAGCAUCACAGGAGCCUCUGGAUAAAGACCAGCCUCAGUAGCAAGGCAAGGAGAGAGGAUUUCUGCUCAGUGAUAAAACAUGAAACAGAUGUGAGGAAGCAGCAUGGAGCUCAAGAGAGGAAAGACCUUCAUAAAAUCCAGUGUGCAACAUGAGAAAGUGCCACCAGAGCACACAGUCCUUAUCAACAAAGAUGAUACAGGGAAAGACAAAAAGGCAGCUCUGGAGAGAAACCAAAGUGUAGCUGAAGUCCAGCUGGCAUGUUUGGCUACACACAAGAACUACAGGUUUUCCACCAGAGCAGCAAAAAAUGGUGCUGGUGACAACUGCCUGGAAAAAUCAUCUGGAUCCUCCUACAAACUUGUAAGGAAGAGUAAAACCCAUGAGUGUGUUACUGAGGCAGACAAAGCAGAGCAGUGCAGUCCCAGCAGCAGGGCUUGUGAGGAAGGGUUUGCUGGAAAGGGUAAGGGGCGACUUGUCAAUAGCAUCAGCUUUUCAGGGAUGUCCAGCUCCAGCAGUAAGAAGGAGUGUGUGGUCAGCCCCAGCCAGUCUGCAUGCAGCAGUCAGAUGAUCGAUUACCGGAACUUUGUGCCACAGAUGCCUUUUGUACCAGCUGUUGCAAAAACCAUUCCCAGGAAGAGGAUUUCCCUCAAGAGAUCUAAGAAAGGGCUCCGAGAUAUAUUUCAUAUAAAAAAAAAUAAACCAGAAAGCCUCACAAUCCUGGUUGAGAAGGACAAGAAUCUGUCCUCUCCAGGCUGCAAGAAUGAGUUGUCUGGGCGUCUUGCAAAAUACCUUUUCAAAACUGGAGAAACCUUUGCAGCAGACUGCUUGUCACAAGACUGCUCAGACAGUGAACUGCAGUCUGACUCUUCCUAUGACUGCUGCAAUGCCCUGUGUGAAGAUGUUGCCUCGCUGAAGAGCUUUGAUUCCCUCACUGGCUGUGGGGAAAUCUUUGCUGAUGAGGGCUCUGCUCACAUGGAGCUGGAGAACAGCAAAGAAGUUCUGCUGAGACGAAGCAAGCAUAAAGACAGCCCAGUCAUGGGCUCUUUCCAAGGGGGUGUGGAACAGCUGGCCUCUCCUGGCCAGAAUGAGACCGUUGAAUUUGCAAAAUUUUGGGACAACAUCAACAAAUCAGUAAGGCUACAUCAGAGUGCUCUAUUUGAUAAGAAGUUACUGAAGACACCUAGUCCUGACAUGGAAAAGGCUAGAAGCCAGGCUGCUGCACCUGUGACAGACCCCCAAGUGACAACUGAUAAAGAAGGUGACAAUUCCAAAGAGAGCUUCACAGAGACAGGAACGCCAAAAAGUGACAACCAGGAAUCUACAUCCACAAGUGAUGAAGGCUACUAUGAUUCUUUCUCUCCUGGACAAGAUGAUGAGAUGAAGGAAGCUCAGACCCCUGCGCUCCCAGGUAGAUUUCCAAGAGACAGCUACAGUGGAGAUGCCCUUUAUGAGCUAUUCUAUGACCCAAAUGAAGUAAAAAUAAAUCCCGUCCUAGAUGAUGAUUUGUGCACAUCUGAAAGCAUUUCAGAACAAGCAAUUGAAAUCCCUUUGUCCAUUUACAGCUUUCAUGUUGGAGCCGAGGAGAACAUGGCUUCCCAACCAGCUCUAGACAUUAUCAGCCAGGGUUUUUUUCACAGCACAUGGAAAGGUAAAGAAUGUCUGCUAAAGCUCUGUGAUACUGAGCUUUCCUUGACCAUGGGGAUAAUAAACUGGCUGCGAAAACACGCAGGACUUGUCUCCUCCCCUGACUCUCUUCAGAGUCCUCAAUCACAGCCAGAAAAGUCUAAUGAUUCAUUGAUCCUGCCCAGUUCCAGUCCAGAGCAGAAGGUUAGCACAGAAGCCCAGCAGGAGAAACCAAGCAAGGAAGAAUGUAACACAUUUAACCUAUAUGUGUCUUUGGAUGAACGCAAACAUGCAACACAGGCCUCUUCAGUAAACAUUGCUGAAAGAGACCACAGCCUGGGCUCUUGCCAUGACACAUGUAAUUUGGAUUUCCAAGGAAAGAUAAGGAGUCACCACAAGGAUUCAUCUACAGUUCCUGGGACUGUGGAAACCACCAGAUCAUCAAGUUAUGCACCACAAUCACAGACUCAUGGAGACAAUCUGCAGACAUCUUCAACUGAGAAUGAGAAGGAGACAAUUUCAGAUGGAUAUGAGACACCUGGAAAUAAAAAUCCACUACCAGAAAAGCUGAACAGAGAGAGUGGCUCCCAGAGCUCUGAAAACCCUUUGUUAGAUGAUAAUCACGAAGUAGAAUCAUGUUACUCCUACAAGACUGCUGCAACCUCGCUCCUGGAUUCUCUGGAGAUGGAAGACAGGAAUGAACCAAUGUAUCACUCUCUCUCUACUUCCUGUGACAAACCACUCCAGCCUCUUACCCCCAGGGGCUUUCAGAGCUACAUGAGCCCCACACCAAUGGAGAGCAGUACUAACAUAGUGCAGCUCCUAGAGCACUGUGUAACACAAGUGGCAUCAUUACAAAUCAGCUACGAAAACAAGCACCUGGAAGACAAAUGCAUUGGGAAUGAAAUGAACAAUAUAAUUUGUCAGAUGUCUCAGUACAAAAAUAAGUUAUUUUUGCAAAAUGACUGCAAUCACAUUGCUCAAAAUCCAGAAUACUGCAGUAUUCCUAGCACAAAUCAAUACAACCAUGAGCCAAGUUUCCAAUCCAGCAGUCUGUAUCAUUUGAAGCAAAAUGGGGAGCAAAUUUGCUCAGAAGAUCAGAAGAGCAGAGCAAAUAUCCUAGAUGAGGUCACGAGAAGCAAGAUAAAUUUUGAAUAUGCCCAGCUAAAUAAUCAAGCACUCUCAUAUUUAAAAGACUUUCCAUUUGAUCUCAGUCCAGGUGACUCUGUCCCUGCUACCACUCUUAGUAGACCGACAUUUUUACCUCUCUUUAACCCUGUCUGCUCAGACAUACGUGCUACUUUUUCACAAGCUUCAUACAGCAGCACUGUCUCUCUGGCUGACUCUUUGCAGCCUCAGGAGGCCAAGGGCAGCCCAGGGCCACGGAGUUAUGCAGAGACCCCCUGCAAUGACUUGGCUACUGGGACCACACUGUCCCCUCGCCCAGGGGCAGCCACCCCAGACAUGGCCCUGGCAGGGGGGAACCACCAGUAACAGCCAGCGUUGAGAAGGUGCAGCACUAAAGAAUCCACUUGUAGAUAUGGAUGCUGCCCCUGCCGCGUGUAAUAUAGCAUGACAUAAUACCAGGACCUUAUAUUGGUGACAGACUCAAGGAGGAUUUCUCUCUGAAGAUCCCACUACAGGUGCUGCAGCAGGAAAUCACACUAGUUUGUCUAACUGACUAGAAAAGUGAGGAGUUCCUGACAACCACACAGCCCUGAAGCCAUGUUUGCAAAUGAGUGGUAACUGAUACCCUUUAAAAAAAACAAACAAACAAACACCAGAACAAACAACAAAUCUUCAGUAGGGUUUUGAAAAAAGUCAUGCCAUGACAAGAAAGUUUAAGGAACAAAAGAGUACUUCUGUCACAUUGUGCCACACAACAACUGAAAAUACCACUAUAUUUUUUAAAACACAGGAAUGAGCACAAUGAGCAUUCACUUGGGCUGCUGUGAUGAGAGGUAAAACUGUUUUUGGAUGAACUAAUUUUUUCUCAAAUUUUACAAAAAUGUUUUAUAUAUUUUAUGGCCACUGUCUAACAAUCUUAAAGCAAGUGUCUAGACUACAGAUUACAUUAGUAUGACAUGCUUUACUUCCUGGAGAAAGGUGUUUUUAAACUUACAAAUAAAAAUAUCAGGAAGCAUACUAGAUUAUGCCCUAUAUUGCCCAAAGACAUUCACCAUGUAGCAGAAACGAUUAAUAGGAUAAAGGUGAAUAGGAUAAGUACUUGAAAAUCACCAUCAAAAAGAUAAUGUCUUCAAUUCUGUUUUAAAGGAGAGAAAAUAUGCUGUUUAUAUCCAUGAUAAUGGUUGUACUUAAUCUUGUACAAAGUCUUUACAAUUUAAAAACCAGAAGUAGUAGGUAAGAUACAUGUUAACAGAGUUUUCAUUUUUUUGCGGCAUCCUUGGAGUCAGUUUAACACAAUAAUUAUUUUCAUAGCCCAGUUUGAUUCUGGUCUUGGCUGUCUUAUAUACUGAGAAUACAUUUUAAAAAAACAAACUUCAUGUGCUUUGUAGAUGGAACCAGGUAACUAGGUGGUCCCAUGUGGCCAUGGUAUGUUUGAAGAGAUCUUACAACCUCCUCAUCCAAUAUCCUGCCUCAGGAUUUAAAGACAGUAUCUUUGCGCUGAGCUUUGCUUUGCUGUCCUGGGGAAAAGUGGAAGAAGGACCUAUGAGGCUAGGGACUAAAGGAAGGGAAAAAUAAUUCCCUCAAACUCAAUAGUGAGUUUACACCUUGGUACAGAAGCAGGUAACCUUAUUCCUAAAAUUCACUGAAGUUUAGCUUUAUUCAUCAAGUACUUUGUCUAUAGUAAGCAGAGGACAAAUAAGUACAGAGGUUUGUGAAAGACUCUGGAAGUAUUCCACUUUCUAUUGACAGUAUCAGGCUCCUUGACAAAUACCUUUGAUAAGGUGCCUAAAUGUUGAUGUCCAAAGUUAAGAUGAUUUCUACCUUAAAGCAUUUAUAAUGGCAAGAAUAUAUAACCACAGUAUUUAAAUCAUGUCUGCAUUUUCCAGAAUCUGGAUUUUAAAAAAGCAUAAUGCAUCCAGACUAUGUGGCUGUAAGAUGAAAUCACAUCCCCUAGAUAUGGUAUGCACUUCCUCACUAGUACUCUGUGAUUACCAAGAAGAGAGAUGUUCUCUCCAACACCCCAAGACUGCCAAUACAAGUCAACUUUCAGAAUGCAGCUAGCUUACCACAAGUAUCUCCUUAAAAUAUAGAUUAUAGGUACCUAAGGCCCUCUUUGGUGGCACAAAAAUGUGUCUCUGAAGACUGCUAAGAAUUUACCAUUUAACUUAUAAAAGCCUGAAAUGCCAAACAUUUUAUCAGACAGGCAUUCUUUCCUGAAUACUAAAUGACACAUCAGAUUUUGGCUCAUCACAUACCAAACACAGGGUUUAACAUUACAGAAACAGAGUCUGUUCAAAUACUAGCUGUUCUCACCCAAGUGAUCCCUUUCCUUUUGAAAUUGCUACAUCAGCUUCCUUCACUCACCAAAACUCUUUUGUAACAGAGUGCACAGAACCUUAAAGGAGCAAAGGAGUGGGAUUUCUCAACUCUGUAGCAUAUUGCAUAACUCUUCCCUGGAUUUCAGGUUGAGUAACCAACAUUAUGGGAGAAAACAAAGGCAACAGGAAAAAAGUCACUUCGCUGCCACAUAGU